CAGAAUAUAUAUCUUCGAUCUUCUGAAAAUUCCUUUCAUCACCAAGAAUGGCUCUUCAUCCCAACCCAUCCUUUCUCUUGCUUUUCUUGAUCACUCUAUCAGCGGUGGCGAUCGGCACCAUUCAAACCGAGGCCAGACACCUUCUCGAGACAACCUUGCCGGAACUUCCUAAGCCUGAAAUCCCAUCAUUACCAAAGCCUGAGGUUCCAGAAAUUCCAAAGCCCAAACUGCCUGAAAUUCCCAAACUUGAGCUGCCACAGUUCCCAAAGCCUCAAAUACCAGAGAUUCCAAAACCUCAAAUGCCGGGAAUUCCAAAACCUAACAUGCUUGAAAUCCCUAAACCUCAAGUACCAGAGAUUCCGAAGCCUAAGGUCCCAGAAAUUCCACAGCCUAAGAUGCCUGAAAUCCCCAAACCUCAAGUACCCGAGAUUCCAAAGCCUCAAAUGCAAGAAAUUCCAAAGCCCAAGAUGCCUGAAAUCGCCAAACCUCAAGUACCAAAGGUUCCAAAGCCACAGGUACCGGAAAUUCCAAAGCCCAAGAUGCCUGAAAUCGCCAAACCUCAAGUACCAGAGGUUCCAAAGCCACAGGUGCCCGAAAUUCCAAAGCUCAAGAUGCCUGAAAUCCCCAAAUCUCAAGUACCAGAUGUUCCAAAGCCACAGGUUCCGGAAAUUCCAAAACCCAAGAUGCCUAAAAUCUCCAAACCUCAAGUACCGGAGAUUCCAAAGCCUGAAGUGCCAGAAAUUCCACAGCCCAAGAUGCUUGAAAUCCCGAAACCUCAAGUACCGGAAAUUCCAAAGCCUCAAGUGCCAGAAAUUCCACAGCCCAAGAUGCCUGAAAUUCCCAAACCUCAAGUACCAGAGAUUCCAAAGCCUCAGGUGCCAGAAAUUCCACAACCCAUCCCCAAACCUAACCUACCAGAGAUUCCAAAGCCUCAAGUGCCUGAGCUUCCAAAGCCUCAAGUGCCUGAGAUUCCAAAACCAGAGCUACCUACAAUCCCAAAGCCUCAGGUGCCGGAGAUCCCAAAACCUGAGCAGCCUGCAUUUCCCAAGCCAGAGCUCCCAAAGAAGCCAUGAUCUCUUAAACGCUUGCUCAUCAUGCGUUUAGAUUCUCCACAUUUCUCAGAAUAUUUACAGUUCAUGAUAUAUUAUACAUGCAUCUUAUACUUAUUUUACAUUUCAUUUAUACUCCCAUAUUAUUGAACCAGUGAAUAAUAUUUACGUGCAUGCAUAUCGUGCACAUUUGUAUGUAAAAAUGUACGUGUUGUGUUUCAUUAUUAACAUUACUCUGUUGCUAUUAAAA